CGGAACAUAUCUUGUGUAAACAGACGUUAAAUUUCCACAUCUACAUAAAAUGUCUUUCAUAAAGAACUCUAUACUAGAACCGUUUAUUAAACCGUGACAAAGUUCAGACAGAUUAAGCCAGUUUAGUACUGUCAUCGGUAAGAUCUCUCUUGCGAUCUUUUUCUAUUUCAAGUGAACAAGGACAAACAUAGCCUACAGGAAUAAUGAAGUUUCAAAAUGUUAACACUUUUCUUCUUGUGCUGGCUGGCAUCUCAGUUAUUGGACUCAUUUUUUUGGGCUACACCUCCACCUCAGUCAGAUAUAAAGAGAAAAGAUUCUGCCUCAACCUAACAAAAGAGCACCAGGAAAACUCAAACUUGCAAUCACCACAAGGGCUUUCAUACAAACAGCCCAGUGUUGUAGGCCCAGAUGGCAAAGUUAUUGCCGUGACACCAUGGUUAUCCCCAAUUGUAUGGGAAGGAACUUUUGAUCCAUUCCUGAUUGAUUCGAUCUACAGACAACAAAACAUCACCAUAGCAACUACAGUCUUCGCUCUUGGAAAAUACACACAGUUUCUUAAAGAUUUCCUGGAGUCUGCAGAGCAGAAUUACUUUGUUGGAUUUCGUGUGCAUUAUUAUCUCUUCACUGAUCAACCAGAGCAGGUUCCUGAAGUGAACCUGGGUGAACAACGUCAGCUGACGGUGUUGAAAGUCCCUAGUUCUAACAGAUGGCAGGAGAUCACUUUGCGCAGGAUGGAAAAGCUGGAGAAACUGAUUGAAAGUCGAUUGGUCAAUGAAGCUGACUAUGUUUUCAGCCUUGAUGUGGACACAAAGUUCUACGGGCGAUGGGGGGCAGAGUCUUUGGGUCGUCUUGUAGGUGUGCUACAUCCUGGUUACUAUCAAACACCACGUGAACAGUUCCCAUAUGAGCGCAGACCCGUGUCUCAAGCAUUCAUUCCUCAUGCUGAGGGUGAUUAUUAUUAUGGUGGAGCUGUGGUCGGUGGCUUAGUGAAAGAUGUGCAUGAGGUUGCUAAAACCUGCCGGGAGCAACUGGACAUUGAUGCAGCUAAAUCCAUUGAGGCAGCAUGGCAGGAGGAGUCCCAUUUGAACAAGUACUUCCUUUAUAACAAACCCAGCAAGGUGCUCUCACCAGAAUAUCUGUGGCAGGACUUCAAACCUCACACAAAUGAAGUCAAAAUCAUUCGCUUUUCUCAAGUUAUUAAAAACUAUGCUGCAGUUCGUCCAAACCCAUAACAGCUGUGAACUGUAACAUGUAUGCACUUUAUUUGGAAUUAGUAUGAAAUCACCUACCAGGCAUGACAAUGUAACUUAAGUUUUUAAUUGACUAACAAAACCUGUGGCCAAAUAUUUAUUCAUUAGCUAUACAUCAGCAUUUGUACUACUGCUCUCGAAGGUUAUUUGGAUGCAAUGCAUAAAACUGCAGGAAAACAGUUUUAUAAUUAAAUGGAAUCAAUGAGAGAUAAAACAGUCAAGCAUUAUUGUUAUACUAUAACAGCUUGAACAGAUUUUCUGAUUUUUUUUUUUCUCUCACCACACUGCCAUAAAGAGUAACCAACUGAUCCCAAAUGCUGGUUCAUGCUCAGUCAUCAGCAGUGUUGGGCUAGUUACUCAAAGAAUGUAAUAUAUUACUCAUUACUAGUUACUCC